AUGAAAACCACAUUGCCCUCACUCUUCUCUCCUCCGCUCCUGCCGGCGCGCAUGACAUCAACGAAGAAGCUCAGCGAUUCGCAGGAGGAGCUGCGCGUACACGUCGACCACGUCUUUUUCUCCCCCCCCCCUCUCCCUCUAUUCCUUUCCUUUCGUACUCUACUGCCUGUGUAG